AUGGUAUACAAAGGCGCGUAUCUACGGCAACGAUCGCCGAGGACUGCAGGCCCUCUAAGCUUCCCCACGGCGAUCAUCUUGUCCCCAACAACACUCACCUUUUCCACUCAACAUUUCAACCUACUCCCCUCUCUGUUCCAAGUAGGGACAUGGGCCGAUAUGCGAUGGCCCCCAUGGAGUUCCAAGUCAACCAAUGACGACGAAAAACUACAAAAUACCGCUUCCACGACCACGACCACACCGCCACCCCAAACAUCUUUUCUCGAUUGGUCCGACUUCAUAGAACCCAGAACCAUUGCGCCUACCAUCCUCCUCACAAGUGGUAUCCUAUUUGCUGUCCGUCUACACCGUCGCUACCUCCGCCGCGUCCCCGACGCACCUAGCAUCUCGCCCUCCUGGCUGCGCCGCCGCACGGUGUUCGGACAGGUAACCCGGGUUGGCGAUGGCGAUAAUUUCAGGAUUUAUCACACACCUGGUGGACGCCUAGCUGGCUGGGGCUGGUUGCCUUGGAAGAAAGUCCCUACUACUAAAAAGGAGCUUAAGGACAAAACGGUUCGUCUGUUGUUGACACAAGGCGCCACCUGGCGCCAAAAUCUUGCCUUGCCUAACAAAAAGCUAUCUACUCAGAUCCACAUUCGUCUAGCUGGCAUAGACGCUCCCGAACUUGCACAUUUCGGUCGCCCCGAACAACCAUUCGCUCGUGAUGCCCACUCCUGGCUUACCUCGUAUCUUCUCGGUCGCCGCAUACGUGCAUCUAUCUACCGACAAGAUCAAUAUAAUCGCGUUGUAGGGAGUGUGUUUGUACGACGUGCAUUCGAUUUUCCUCCCUUCCGCCGCCGAGACGUUUCAUAUGAGAUGUUGAAACGGGGACUCGCGACGGUUUACGAGGCAAAGGUUGGGGCUGAGUUUGGGGGUGCGGCGGUGGAGAAGAUAUAUCGCAAGGCUGAAUCGCAGGCCAGGCUCAAAUCCAAGGGCUUGUGGAAAGAUUACAAAAGACUUGGAUCGGAUUGGGAGAGUCCGAGGGAAUAUAAGAAUCGGAUGGGUAUGGGGGAUGUGGAUAACUCAAGUAAAUCAAAGUAA